AAUCUUUAAAACAAAAGUUCAACUUUAACAUUAAAUGUCAUAUAUCUUUGGAAAGGAUGACUAACACAACAAUUCAACUGAAAGAAGAAAGCAAACUUAAGAGAAAUGGAACAAUGGAAUUUUUGUUCUUCUUCUGCCAUAUAUAAUGUUCCUGGCCGUCUGUGGACUCAUUGGUUUUCUCGGUAACAACAUAGUUAUAUAUAUUUAUGGUGUUCGACUACGCAGAAAAUAUGACGCUCGCUUCUUCAUUCCAUAUUUAGCCAUUGCUGAUCUCCUCGCUGUUAUUGUAAUUGUUGGACAAAACAUAUAUGUAAAUAUUAACCCGGUUAAUUUUGAUAACGGACCUCUGUGUUCGUGGGGCACAUUCCUCAUCGGAUGUUUCUCACUAUGGUCCAUGACAAUCCUUGUUUUAAUUGUGUAUCAACGAAAGAUAUGCCGACCAAGAGAGAAGACAAUGUCAUCAUUUCAGAAGAAAAUUUCUGUUCUGUUUUCUCUUGUGUUGUCAAUUGCCCUAACUGUAGUCUUCAUUUUCACAGUUGGUAUAAAAGAUGUAGAAAAUAAGACUUUUAACAUUACCGGUAAAAUAUGUGAUCGCUUCUCAGAAGAGCUUCCAACUUGGUCUCUUAUACAUAGCACAGUCGUGUUGCUUUUUGUUAUAUUUAGUUGUGGAUCACUUAUAGUUUUCUAUGGACUGAUUGGUAAAGUAAUAUACCGAUAUAGGAAGGUUAUAGUAAACUCUGCAGAAUCUCAAAAUACCAGAACCUCUAGUACAGUAAGAUUUUAUAAAACAACCCUGAUGUUUAUGAUAAUGACCGUUGUUUUCAUGAUUUCCUAUUUGCCUACAGGAAUCAAAUUGAUUAUUGAAAGUGUAAUCAAAGUUGAAAAAGAAACUUUGAUUAUGAAAUUCCUAACGACAUUUUUUCUUGUUAAUCACAUUGCAAAUGUGUUUGUGUACGCCUUCAUGGAUAAAUCGUUUUCAAGAGAAUUAAGAAGAAUCUUUAGUUUUCAAUCUUAACAACGGGAACAAUGUUAACAAUGUACAUGGAGAAGUCAAUUUUCUAA